GAUUCGAACAGAGCAAUUUGGUUAACCAUUUCUGGUUUUGGAUAUAUUUCCUGGUGGUGCUAUGAUUUUUUUUCCAGACUGAACAACAAUUUAUAUGAAUGUACAUUUUUUUAAAUACUAAGGUUUUAUUAGAUACUGAUAUUUUGUUAAUAUUGGGACAUUACUGUUUCAUGAGUUUUGCUUAAAUGAAUUGGAUAGUAAUAUUCCUUUUAUGUGUGCAUACCAUGGCAUUGGCAGGCUUGUCUAAUAAAAUAUAUUGGACGAUUGAAGACCUUCCUGUUAUUUAUGGAAGAAACGUGACUUUGUUCUGCAAUACAUCAGCAGUAGGUUCACAGAAAACUACAUGGAUGAAAGUGUCAAAUGUUAUUCUCCACCAUGGUCUCUCGUUCCAGCCAGAUAAAUACAGCGGAAAGGAAGAAAACGAUGGUUCCUCUCUCAUAAUAAUGAAUGUUACUAAAUCAGAUUUUAAUACAUCAUAUACGUGUUUGUCCGACGUUUAUUCAUUCGAAUCUGUCUUGGAGAUAAACAGUUCCAUUUUCAUUUGUUUGCCACAAAGCACAAACAAUUCGUUGAUGAUUAUUGGUAGAGAUAUCAUGGUUCAUUUAAAUCUCAACAGAUUUUUUCCAGUACCAAAAUGCCAAACCAUGUUUAAUGGAGACAUGCUCAUUACGAACCAACAAGAAUCAGUUCACAUGACAAACAGGUUCUAUCAUGGUACAAUUAACAUCACAUCACAGUCUGCUGCUGACUUAUGUGGUGGCAAUCUGACAGUUAUGUGCCUGUUUGGGAGUUUGUAUUCCGAAGCGAUUGAAACAAUAACUCUGCAAAAUUGCAAUCAUGGGUCUAAAUUUCCUGAACAUAGUUUUGGAGUAGGAACGACCAUCAGUGUGUGUAUGUUGUGUGUUAUCUUUUGUGUUCUGAUGAUUUAUAUCCUUGUCAAAUAUUUCUGCAAGUUACAACAAGAAAAGAAAAAUCCUGAAGGCAAGUAUUAA